AUUUGAUUUUAAAAUGUAUCACAGAGCUGAAUUAUUAAACGCAAUAGUACGAGUGAAUCUUAUUCAUUAGACGUUACAAGUGAAACGCGAAAUACAGCUAAUGUCUGGCCUAAGGCAAGUAAGGGGUUUGCUGGUAGUCUCGCUGGCUCUAGAGCUGGCAAAGACAGAUUUGUUAGCAGGAGCUGAGGUAACGCUAGAGAGUCUUCCGAAUGUGGGUGUGGCAAAAAUAAAGAUACCAGUGCUAGAAUCACCACAUCCUACACAAGAAUAUUCUGAAACAACUCUACCAUUACCAGUUGUAAUUCAACUCCCACAAACGAAACACAACGCAUCUCCACGCAGUACCACACCACAAGCACAACUAAACGACGCACCUGACGACGGAGUACAAAUCAUCCAACAGAAAGAUGAAAAAACCGGUGCCGAAAAUAUUCAUAUAAUCCAUGCAACACAGACCGCACUUAGAAAACAAUUGGAGCAUAGCGAUAAACCACCACAAGAUUUCGUACCAGUUUUCAAAAUGCACACAAACGAACAAAAUGCAGAUGGUACACAUGAAGUAACUAUUUAUGUGUGGUAAAGUGAAAACUAAAUACAUUUCUUGUAAAUGCUUA